AGAAAUAUGGAGACAGAGACUGUUUUAAGUCUUAAGCAGCAACUCAGGGAAGCAGACAAUGAGCGAAGAAAGGCAGCACAGUAUGGUUUGCACCUACUGGAGUCCCAAACUAAAGUUCAGAAUCAGUUGGAUCAAACACGCCGUGAAUUGACUGAGAAAACUGAGAAAUAUGAGCAAGACAAAUACACUCUCCAGAGAGAAAUUGAACUCAAGAGUCGAAUGUUGGAAAGCUUGAAUUUUGAGUGUGAGUCCCUUAAACAACAGCAAAACAUACAACUGGACAAACAGAAAGAACAGCUUGCCAGAAUCUAUGGACAAGAAAUCAGUGACCUUAAAAACAAGUUGGAGGACCUGAAAGCAGAACUAGAUGAAACUCGACUCUCAGAGAAACAAUUGAGACACAAAGUGGAUCAUCAGAAGGAAAUACUUGCUGCCAAAUCAGAAGAAUUGCGUAUGAUGUCUGAACGUGUGCAUGAGACCAUGUCUUCAGAAAUGCUCAACCUUCAGAUACAAGUCACUGAACUAGAAAGCUUGAAGGCCAAUGCUGAAGAAAAGCUGAAUGAGCUGCAGUACAGUAAAGAACAGUUAGAACUCAUGAACAGUAACUUACGUAGCCAGCUGGAGCGACUGCAGGCAGAAAAAGAAGAGAGGGAAAAAGAAAUUGUUUCUUACUGUAAUGCGUUAGAGAAAGCUCGUGAAGCUAAUCAGGAGCUUCAGGUUCAGCUGGAUCAUGCAGUGCAAGAGUCUUUGGAUCCUACACGUAAAGGCAAUUCUCUCUUUGCCGAGGUGGAGGACCGUAGGGCAGAAAUGGAACGACAGCUGAUCAGUGUGAAAAUAAAAUAUCAGGCCCUACAAAAACAGCAUGCAUUCACAAGAGAGCAGUUGCGAAGAAUGAAGCUUCAAAUGGUUACACUGCUGCAGCUGAAAGGCUCUCAGGCAGAAUUUGAUCAGCUGGAACGCUUACAGUCAAUGUUAGAGCAAAAGAAUGGUGAGAUAGAAAAUCUCCUUGUGAAAGUGAGGCAACUAGAAAAAUUUAAGACUUUGUAUGAGAAUAUGGAGGAAUCCAGACCUGGUGGUAGCUCAAAAGGAGGAGAGUCUGAAGAUUAUUACUAUGUGGAUUUACUGCAAAUUAAACUUGACAACUCAAACAAGGCAACCGAAACCUUGAAAAAUGAAGUAUCCCUGCAGAGAAUGAAAGCUCUGCAUGAGAGCCAGAGGGUCCUGGAACUAGAAAGGAAACUCUUUACAAGUGAGAGGAAUUUGCAAGCUUGUCAGACCGAGAAUAUGAACUUGAGAGUGAUGCUGGAUGAUGUAAAAAUGAAAUAUGAACCUCAAGAAUUACUUAAAGGCCCUAAAAUUAAAAAGAAGAGGGAGAAGAUUCCGGUGAACACUACUUGUGCGUACUUGUACAGCGUAAACACUUCAAUAAAAAAAGCUGCUCCUGCUCAGUUGCCAAGUAAGGAAGGAAAAAACACAACCUCCAAGGCCUUGGGGCAAAGUGAUGCUUCUCCAAACAAACAAACAUUCCAAGCAGCACCACUAAACAUUACUCGUCAAGCAAUGCGAAACUCAGUUGAACCUGAAAGAGAAACGAAGAGAGUUAAAAUUGAAGAUGAUAACCAUGAUGCCUUUACUUCAAAUAGCAGAAGUGGAAGCAAUUCCUUGACUUCAGCUACCCCCAGGUUAACAGCUGAAUCCAGAUUUGAAACUACAGGAAAUGAAGAUAAGAAAGAAGAUAAAAUCACGAUGGAGAAGAAAACACAAAAGAAAAAAUAUACAACGUUGCAUGUGUCCUCUAAGACAACUCCUGAAAUACAAUGUGCUCAGCAAUAA